AUGCCUGGAGACUAUUUCUCGGACGAAGACGCCUUUGGUCCGCGAUCUCCUGGUCUCACCGCUGUCAAAGUCAACGCAAAACCUGAAGAGGAACCACCGCCUAUCGUGACCCAGAUCUUCCAUCGGCCUACGCAAGGAGACUGGGUGCUCAUCCGAGAAAUGGACCCGAAUCGUCCAGACAUCGCCCACGCAGUCAGCCAGGAAGCCUUAAACUCUGGAUCCGAGACCGAAUCAUCCGACGAAGAGAUGCAUGAUCAACCAAGUGACACGACGGCCGCCGCCCCAAACCUAUUGGCAACUGCGCAGCAAAAUUCCAAAGAUAGGGGCGUACUUUCGCCCAACGUCCGAUCGGACUCGUUGGCAGAUGCAAAUCGACACUUUGAUCUCAGUGCGCUCGCCGAACAGAGGCGUACGUCACAUGCAUCCCACGCAUCCUCUACGGGAUCGGCCUUGGUUAGCGUAACGUCCAACACAAGCACCAACGGCUCUGUCAACGGCUCAACGCUCAACACCACGGCAAAUCACCCUCCUGCAAAUGGCGAUCAUGUUUCUGACUCAUCAGCUAUAUCACCACAUCUGCGCGGUCUCACCAUCUCACCUUCAAGAGGCCAACAGGGCGAGAAGCUGCAACCAUUACAGACUCUCCAGCCACCUCCAGAAUCAGCAGCCUCGCCAAGCCAAUCACUACCAUCUAUUGCACAGUUCGACGACCUCGUCCGUUCGGCGGCCAAUGAAUCCGAUGCCCCAAGCAGGCUCGCGCAUCGCCAAUCCACAUCCUCAUCUGGGCAAUCACCGUCCGCCAUCAUGCGUUCCUUGUCAAUCAGCUCACACUCACCGGCAUCUUCGAUUCCAUCAUUCAACCCUUCUUCGCCCGUUAGUGCCAGUAGUGACGCUUCACGGAUGGGAGAUGUCUUCCUUCGAUCAAAAGAGCACUUCACGCUCUUCGGGCCCGGAGGAGCUAGGAGACCAUCGCAGGUCGCGGAUGGGACGUACCCUCGGUCGGCCUCGAUUUCAGUGGAGCAUUACAGCAGCCCUGUCGGCCACAGUGUAGACAUGCUGCAGACGCCUGUAGAAGGUCGACAACGGGUCCUUAGCAUUGAUGGUGCUUUGGCCUCGAGGCAUCUGCCACCACCUGUUGGAUCUGGCAUCUCGAAUAUUCCACAGAAUAUGACUAUGAGCUACAAGUGCGACCAGCCGGGUUGCAAUGCUGCACCCUUUCAGACACAAUACCUUUUGAAUUCACAUGCGAACGUCCACUCGCAAAGCCGACCACACUACUGCCCUGUCAAAGGUUGUCCACGAAGUGAAGGUGGAAAAGGGUUUAAGCGCAAGAACGAGAUGAUCAGACAUGGCCUCGUACAUCAGUCGCCCGGCUAUGUGUGCCCAUUCUGUCCGGACCGAGAGCACAAGUACCCUCGUCCUGACAACCUGCAAAGACACGUCCGCGUACACCACGUCGACAAAGACAAGGAUGAUCCUCAACUUCGCGACGUCUUGGCACAGCGACCUGAGGGCGGCAGUCGCGGGCGAAGAAGACGAAUCUCCGCUUGCUAA